AUGGAACCCUUCUCCACAUCGGCCUUCAAGGGAAGUCUCUCUCGACUAUUUGCUACUACCACCAAGAUCUGCACCAGGGGCGGCUCCAGGCCGGCUCACGCCGGAUCCCUUCAGCGCUCACCCCUGCGACCCUCCUACUCGCCGGGGCUUGGAGACCUGGGCCUCCCCCCGCUAAGAGGGAAGCUUGGCCUUUAG